AUUAAAUGUAAAAUUCAAUUCCUCGGCCACACUAUUCACAUUCCAAGUGACUAGUGGCUACCAUAUUGGACAGAGCAGAUAGAGAAUAUUUCCAUCAUUGCAGAAAGUUCUAUUGGACAGUGCUGUGCUACAGCUAGAACUUGCCAAAGAUCAAGGAAAGCAAUAUGACUGAACUGAAAAUCCAGGCCAUGUCUGGUUGGUUUGGAGUGAGAAAGUUCACUGGGUGAGUGGGAAGCAAGCUGACCUUUAGAACAGUGACAUCACAAUGCACAGUUCACUGGCUCUAGAACACCUGGGCUCCAGGCCACUCUCCCUAACUCGUAUCUAGGUUCCUGAAGCUUCUCUACAUGUAGUUCCUGGAGCUGCUGUCUUAUUAAAAUGUCAACAUCUUUUCCUUCAUCUGUCUGGGACAACAUCAUAGAUUAUCUUUCUCUGAGCUCGAUAUGGAAUUGGCUACAAGCAAGUCUUCUGGGAGAGACUAGUCCACCUCAGCAAACAAAUUUGGGUCUACUAGAUAAUUUUGCUCCAACUGUGCAAGUUAUCCUGGGGAUUUCCUUUUUGCUUUUGUUGGGAAUAGGAGUAUAUGCCUUAUGGAAACGAAGUGUUCAGUCAAUUCAGAAAAUAUUGUUGUUUGUAAUCACCCUCUACAAACUUUACAAGAAGGGCUCAGAUUUUUUUCAGGCUUUGCUGGUCAGCCCAGAAGGGAAUCAUCUCCCAAUUCAAGACAAUAAUCUCUUUCUGUCCUUGGGUCUGCAAGAGAGAAUUUUGAAAAAACUUCAGGCAGUGGAAAACAAAGUGAAGGACCUGGAGGGGAUGAUCAUUUCCCACAAACCUGCCACGAAGAGGGAUUGCUCCUCAGAGCCUUACUGCAGCUGUUCUGACUGCCAGAGCCCCUUGCCCACAUCAGGGUUCACGUCCACGUCUGAAAUGUGACAGACUCCAAUCUUUUCCAGAGAAGCACUGUCUUUCCCUCGUGUGUGUGGUGGUGUAUCAAUAAAGAUAGAGAAUUAUAUUGAAAUGACCCUGCAAGGACUGGCUCUCUAUUCAGUAGGGCCCGGCUUCUAUGUGUGUGGUGGGAUAAUGUGGCGUGAACUAGUGGUCAAAAAUGUCUCAGAGAUGAUGAUGCCACUGGGUAGGCUGGAGGCCAUAAACAGCCAUAUAGAAAAGGAGAGCCAAACUGGGAUCCAUGGGAAAAGAAGGGAAAGUGGGUCAGGUAUAUGGCCUUGAGCUCCAUGCUGAAGAGGCUGGGUUAGAUAGAAUAAACACAGCAAAAAAGUGCUGCUGAGGGGUAGUGCUGUGUGCUGUCCUAUAGAGGAAGGCUGGCUCUUGUGCUGGCCUUCAGCCUAAAGGUCUGUCUGCAUUAAUUACCCAGAGAUGGACAAGGAUGGGGUGGACAUAAAGGACUCUUUACUUCUAUCCAACUUUUAUUGAUACUUACUCUGGGCUAAGCAUUAUGAUAAUCCUUAGGAAUCUGUCCUUUGUGUUUCAGGAGCACCCGGUUUGGCUGGUUGGGCAGCUAAUUUCAGAACAAGGAGUUAUAUAUAACACAGUGGAAUCACAUCAUCUUGAACUCAGCUGAAUUCUCCUUUGUGAAUCCCAGCUUGGCAGGGAGGGAAGGAGGCACCUACCCGUCAUUUCACUUGAUGAGUGUGUACUCUGACGGGGGUGGGGGGGUGGCAGCAGAUCAUCCCCUCAGCGGGUGGUUCUCAGAUUCCACAAGCCUUAUAGUGUGUGCAUUUUUGCCACAGUAAAUGUGAUUAUACAGCCAUUGAAAUACUUUGUAAGUAUCUGACACCCAAAUGAAAUACUUCAUUUGUGCAAAGAAAGACACAGUGAUUUAUUGCCAUGCUGAAGAAAAACCUGGCUGUACUAUUCAACAGGAGACAAUAUAACAAUCUCCUUAGUGGCAUCUUCCUAAGGGAUUAUGAGGGUAAUUUUGAUCAUAAUUUUUGUCCAGUGCACGGCAUUAAAAUGCAAUCUCUGUAUAAUACAGUGUACUCAGUGUAAAAACAGGUCGGUGAAUACAGAGUAGGUCCAGGAAAGGCUUUGCUAAGGAAGUGACACUGAGUAGUCCCAUAAAGGGUUACAUGGGCAGACGAUGAAAUGGAAGGUAUUCAUGCUUCACGAAUUACCUUGGAGCCAUAUAAAAAAGAGGGAGGCUUGGCUGGAGAACAGGAGAAUUUCAGGGUGGCUGAAGCACUGGCUAUUUCCUAAGCUACAGUGAAGAAUUUUGGCUUCAGGGUAAGACACUAAUCUCAUCCCAGGUCAGAUUUAAUUCAUGAUGUGGUGAACAGAACAGAUGGAAGUUACCAACAAUGUGCAUUAUCUGACAGUGUGGGUGAGUAGUUUGUUAACUCUGCUGCUGAAGGUGUGCCAUGCAAUCUUUUAAAGUCAAUUUCUCAGGGCACCUGGCUGGUUCAGUUGGUAGCACAUGUGAUUCUUGAUCUCGGGGUCAUGAGUUCGAGCCCAACGUUGGGUGUAGAGAGAUUACUUUUUAAAAAUUUAAUUAAAAGAAAUUUGGAAAAAUUGAAGUCAA